AUGCCCGAUAUUCUUCUCUCUCUUCCUUCUCACCGCCCUCCGUCGGGCAUUGUUGAGAAUGUGCAAGUCCUCGCCACCGUGUUCGCAUACACAGUACUGGGCUUGGUUGCCGACGUGUCAUACGACGUUCUCCGUAUCACGCGCCUAGUACCAUCGGUUCGCCCUCGUACAGACUAUGGGUCAUCAGACGUAGACCAGUGGACAGAAGACCAAAUUCUUGAACGAUACUCGAGCACAUGCGAAGAAGAGGACCCCGAUCUACCCCCUCUGCCGGCAGAAGAGAAUCCCUCACAUGUUCGCGUGUGGCCAUUCACGCGCGAUACUGUCUGCAAAUACGCCAGUUGCAGAGACGACGAGGAGCCAACCCCUGAACCCCUCACCCUCGAUAUCGUCUUCCACCACACCACCAUCCCGGUCCCACGCGUCCGCCGCACACUCCGCGUGAUGGACGACACCGGCCGGUUCAUUAUGGGCAUGCCAUUCGUCAUGGACCGUAUCCCCGGACGCCGCCUCGACGAGGCGUGGCCCACCCUCUCCUUCUUCAGCAAGCUGCGAGUCGCAUACAUGCUCCGGAGCUACCUCCGCCAGCUGCGCGCCAUCCGCCACCCGCGCUCCCUCGUUCCGGGCCCCGUCGCCCCAGGCAGCCUCCCGGUAGCGCCGCAGAUCGUCGCUUUCGCCGGCGUCAUGGGCACGUCGGUGCCCCCGUUCCCGGACGCCGCGGCGCUCGCGGUGUGGUUCGAGAAGCACCACGCGCGGUCGGUGGCCAGCUUCCCCAAGUUCCACACUGGCAUCCCGCGGGAGCCGUUCGCCGGCGCGGCGCCGCUGGUGCUCACCCACUGCGACAUCGCGAUGCGCAACGUGAUCCUGGGCGACGACGGGCGGGUGUACCUCAUCGACUGGGAGCUGUCUGGGUUCUACCCGCCGUGGCUCGAGUAUGUGGGGUGGAGGAACUGGAUUGGGAUGCGUCGCGAGAUGCAGAUACCGCACACGCUGGACACGACGGACCGGCUGUGGUACAUGUUGCUCCCGUUCAUGACGAUGGGUCCGUACAACAGAGAGGAAUGGUGGUAUCAACGCGUAAAUCCUUCGAUAAAUGCGAUGUGGAUAUUGGAAUAA